AUGCACGCCUCCACCUUCGCUGCUCUCACCUUUGCCGCAGUCGUCGCUGCCGGUGGCGCCGGCCAGUGCAACACUGGCUCUGCUUACUGCUGCAACCAGGUCAAGAGCGUCCAAGACAAGUCCGUCACCAAGCAACUCACCGCUCUCGGUGUCGUCGUCGAGGGCCUCACCGGCCAGGCCGGCCUUGACUGCUCCCCCCUCAACGUCCUCUCCACCGGCGCUGGCACCUGCAACCAGCACCCCGUCUGCUGCACUAACAACAAAUUCACGGGUCUCAUUAACCUCGGCUGCUCCCCCAUCAACGUCAACCUCUAA